AUGAAAAAUACAAAACUAAAGAUUUAUUCUAAACGUUAUAAGUCAACUGACUUCGAUGAAGAAAGAAAAAGAAGGAAUAUGUUUUCACAGUUAAAACUUGGAGAAUUACCUCCUCAACAACAGUUGGCUGAUCAAUUUCUUAUUAUAGGAAGUAAUAGUAUUGACGAUACACCAACAGUAUUAUAUCAAUACCCUCAAACUCCGUUAAAUGAUUUUACAUAUGAUAUUUUAGUUGAUUAUUGUUUUCCAGAAGGGGUACUUCACAAACGCAAAGAAGCAAAAUCAGUUGAAGAAGUAGAAAAUAUAAUACAUAAAUGCAAAAUAUCACAUCAACACGUAUCUCAUUUCUUUACAUUCUUCUUUGCUAGUCAAAUCAUUGGAUUAACUCGAUAUGCUUUUUGUUUUUCUAAACUUCGGAUACAAAGAGAUGAAACAAAUCCAUUAGUUUAUUAUGAGGAUGAAGUUAUUUAUGUAUUAUUAUCUCUUUGUAAUAGAUUUAGUCUUCAAAUAACAUUCUUAGAAUCAUUAUUAGACCUUGAUUAUUCUAAUCAAAUAACUUUUGAACAACACCCUCCUUGUGAUGUUUUUGAAGACUACCUUCACUCGUACUUUCUUCUUUCUUCUAACUUCUCUAAAGAAAUAAAAGUGUCAUGGAAAGCUGAUCCUUUAAUCAAUAAAGAUGUUACUCUUUCUCGUUGUUUAUUCUUUAGAGUAAUUCCAUUAAAUAAUCUUUUAACAUUGAUAUCAGCAGUAUUAUUGGAAAGAAAGGUGUUCAUUAAAAGUGAACACAGGUGUUUAGUAAGUAAUGCAAUAUCAUUCCUUAUAGAAGUUAUUAAACCAUUUACAUAUGAAUUUCCUAUUAUUAGUGUAUUAACUAAUAAACUAAUUGAUUUAAUGGAUUCUCCUACUCCUCUACUAGUUGGAUGUUAUAAAGUUCCAUCUGAACUACCAGAGAAUUCAUAUUUAUAUAAUAUAGACUCUAAAACACUUCAAUGUUUUGGUGAAAAAGUAAUUCCAUUCCCAAAUAAUGAACGUAUUAUUAAUGAUAUUAAAGAAAUAUUAAAACCAUUAAAAGGAUAUCCUGCACAUUCUACAUCAAAAUGUAUUCUUAUUCAUUCUCAAAUUAUUGAAUGGGCAAUGCAAAAAAUUCAAGUAGAAAUUCGUUUAAUGUUUCAAGAAUUUGAAGAUUAUUGCAUUUCAUCACGUGGGAGUGAUUGUAACGCUAUUAGUUUAUUUAUGAAAAAUGAAUUUGUUCAAAGUCAAAACAAAGAUAUUCAACCAUUUCUUAAAGAGUUUGUUGAAACUCAAAUGUUUGAAAAUUUUAAAACAAAACAACUUGUUGAAAUUGAUAAGAAAAAAGCAGAACAAUUAAAGAAACGUUAA